AGAUAUCAAAACGUAUCAAUCGAGAGAGAAAGAUGCAGACUUCGGUGACCCCAGAUGCUAUUUCCACCGUUUUGUCAAACCCAUCCUUUGAUUCCUCCUCCGAUCGACCUGAAAUCGUUGUUCAAGUUGUGGAUCUUAAACCUAUCGGCAAUCGAUAUACAUUUAGUGCAAAUGACGGAAAGACGAAAGUCAAAGCGAUGUUUACAGCUUCACUGACACCUGAAAUUAUUUCUGGAAAGAUCCAGAAUCUGGGUCUAAUUCGUCUCAUUGAUUUCACAGUUAACGACAUAUCAAGCAAAUCAACUAAAUAUUUCCUUGUGAAUAAGUGUGAAGCUGUUGGUUCUGUGCUUGAUUCUGAGAUCAACUUGGAGAGUAAGAGUGAAGAGGAGGCUAGUGAGCCUAAGAAGCAGAAACUAGAGCAUUCUCCUGUCACUCCUGUGAAUGAUGUUAAAACAGAUGUUUCUACUGGUAUCACAUUGAAACCUAAGCAGGAAUUUUUAGCCAAAUCAGCCUCUCAGAUAAUGAGUGAACAGAGGGGAAAUGCUGCACCAGCUGCAAGAAUGGCCAUGACUAGAAGGGUUCAUCCACUUGUGUCAUUAAACCCCUACCAAGGAAACUGGACCAUCAAAGUCCGAGUCACUAACAAGGGAGUCAUGAGAAAUUACAAGAACGCUAGAGGGGAAGGAUGUGUCUUCAAUGUUGAACUUACUGAUGAAGAAGGAACACAAAUUCAAGCAACGAUGUUUAAUGAUGCUGCAAGGAAGUUUUACGAGAGAUUCCAAUUGGGAAAGGUCUAUUAUAUAUCAAGGGGGUCACUUAAACUUGCUAACAAGCAGUUCAAGACAGUUCAGAAUGAUUAUGAGAUGACACUGAAUGAAAAUUCAGAGGUUGAGGAAGCUAGUAGCGAAGAAAUGUUCAUCCCUGAGACAAAAUUUAACUUUGUACCCAUUGAAGAGUUGGGUUUGUAUGUAAAUCAGAAGGAGCUUAUUGAUCUUAUUGGAGUUGUUCAAAGUGUAUCUCCGACCAUGAGUAUUAGAAGGAGAACUGACAAUGAGAUGAUCCCUAAGAGGGAUAUAACUUUGGCUGAUGAGUCGAAGAAAACUGUUGUGGUGUCCCUGUGGAACGACCUUGCAACUGGCAUAGGUCAAGAACUGCUAGACAUGGCUGAUAAGUCACCUGUGGUCGCAAUCAAAUCUCUCAAAGUUGGAGAUUUUCAAGGUGUUUCGUUGUCCACCAUCAGCAGAAGCAAUGUGGUUAUAAACCCGGAAUCACCAGAAGCUAAAAAGUUGAAAUCUUGGUUUGAUUCUGAAGGCAAGGAAAUAUCCAUGUCUUCCAUUGGCUCAGGGAUGAGCCCAUCUGCCAAGAAUGGAUCUCGUUCUAUGUAUACUGAUCGAGUCCUUCUCUCUCACAUCACAAGCAACCCAUCUUUAGGCGAAGAAAAGCCUGUAUUUUUCAGCACGAGGGCUUACAUAAGCUUCAUCAAACCAGAUCAGACAAUGUGGUACCAAGCUUGUAAGACUUGUAACAAGAAAGUGACUGAAGCACUUGACUCUGGUUACUGGUGUGAAGGAUGCCAGAAAAAAUAUGAUGAAUGCAGCCUAAGGUACAUAAUGGCGGUGAAAGUCACCGACUCAUCUGGAGAAACAUGGAUUUCCUCAUUCAACGAUGAAGCAGAGAAGAUUCUUGGAUGUUCAGCUGAUGAGCUCAACAAACUAAGAUCAGAGGAAGGUGAAGUAAAUGAAUAUCAGACAAAACUGAAAGAAGCAACCUGGUCAUCUCAUGUCUUCCGGGUUAGUGUCACUCAGAAUGAGUAUAACGGUGAGAAGAGGCAAAGGGUAACUGUGAAAGGAGUAGCUCCUCUUGAUUUUGCUGCUGAAACAAGAUUGUUGCUCCAAGACAUCUCCAACAAGAACAAACCAUCUCAGUAGUAGUUGUUUUUUUUUUCUUCUUUCCUUUCUUCAACCUUAGUAUUUGUUCACUAGUGGCCUAAAAAAGUCUAAAACUUUGCUUGUAAUAUAAGCCUUUCUGCAAU